UAUAUAGUAUAUACCUCUCCCUGUAUAUACUCUGUCUAUGACCCUGCUAUAUGGUUGGAGCAGUCUGCAGUGACAUCAGCCAUUGCUGGGCCUGCCUGCCGCCAUCUCCCCGCCUCACUACCGGGAUCUCAGCUCGUGUACUAAUAACCCCCUCAGUGCCGGCGGCCGCCAUGCUGUGGGGCGAGGGUUUGCUGCUCUCCUUCAGCAGCGUCUUCGUGCUCCUGCUCCUGACCACCCGCAGCCCCCAGCUCUCCGGCGUCCUGACCGGCGGCCUCUACCUUCUUCUCGUCCUCUUCAGAUUCGAGCCGGUCCCGGAGUCCCGGGCACAGCAGGUGCUGAAGCCCCGGGGGAAGGUGUCGAGCAUUGCCCACAGAGGAGGCGCCCACGAUGCCCCUGAGAACACCCUGGCCGCCAUCAGAGUGGCUGCACAGAACGGAGCCGUGGCUGUGGAGCUGGACCUGGAGUUCACGAAGGACGGAGUGCCUAUUCUCAUGCACGAUGACACGGUAGAACGGACGACAGAUGGCUUUGGGAAAUUAAGUGACCUUACAUUCACGGAGGUCAGAAAGCUGAAUCCUGCGGCUAAACAUCGCUUACGGCACCUGUAUAAUGAGGAGAAAGUUCCGACUUUGAAUGAAGCCGUAACAGAAUGCUUACAUCACAAUCUGAUCAUUUACUUUGAUGUUAAAGGCCACGCGGCUCAGGCGGCUGAAGAUCUUAGGAAGUUGUACAUGGACUUUCCUCGCCUCUACAACUGCAGCGUUGUCUGUUCUUUUGAGCCAAGUGUCAUCUAUAAGAUGAGACAAGCAGACGUCAAUGUAGUCACCGCCCUGACGCACAGGCCGUGGAGCCUCAGCCAUCUUGGGGACGGUAAACCUCGCUUCGACUCCGCUUGGAAGCAUUACUUCUUCGUCUCCAUGGACGUCCUGCUGGACUGGGCGCUGCACCACGUCCUGUGGAAUCUGUGCGGAGUAUCUGCCUUCUUAAUGCAAAAGAAUUUCAUCUCCAGCGAUUACGUGGAGAAGUGGAACAGGAGAGGCAUCGAAGUGGUGGCAUGGACGGUCAAUACAGCCGCGGAGAAGCUUCACAGCGAGCGGACCCUGCACAGCAACUUCAUCACGGACAGCUUUGUAGAGGAUUGUGACCCCCACUACUGAAAUGUCCACCAUACUGCUAUCUUCUUUCAGAUUCAGUAAUUUUAGGGCCGUCCAUUGUCAUUUAUGUUGUUGACGUGUUUGUUUUAGGGCCUUCAGAGAUGACUUAUAAGGGUGGUCAGCCUUAUAGUGGGGCUCUGACCGGUGAAACUAAUCCACCCUCUCCUCCAGGGAACAGACUGCGCACACCGUCUGUCACCCCCGCCAGAUCCGGUUAUUAUAACCUCCUCCUACCAUUUUGUGAACCCACUUGAUGGAUGUACAUAAGAAUAACAACUAAUGCUGAUUUAUACAAAACUGGAGAAAGCAAUCUCUAUAUGACUACAGUAUCAUUCAUUAUACAUGAGUCCCAGCCUCUGUCACCGUGAAAAUGGCGUACAAUCUGCAGGCAGCAGGUUAUAGAGCAGGAGGAGCUGAGCGGAUUGUCAUCUAGCUUUGUGAAAGGCUUCAGUAAAACCUGUAAUUUGUGUUUA